ACAAUGGAUGAAUUGGGUAAACAAUUAUAAGAAAAAAAAACUUGAGAUUGUCUCAUCAAUGGAAAUUGAAGCAAGAUCCCGAGGAAAGUCUCUAGAAAUUCUCAUGUGCGGAUACGGAUCAACGUGUGGUUAUGGUCCACGUUCGUUUCAAAGCACGUGUUGCGUCAGCUCAAUCAUCAUAUAUACAUACAUAUAUAAUUCUUCUACUAUGAAAAGGGACAAACUCAAACCCAGCACUCCUCCUCUUCCAAUCUUAUCAUAGCUCCUCAUUCCCAAUCCCAUUUCCAAAACCCAAAUUUGUUUUUGUCACUCCCCUUCACUUAUUUGCCGUGUUUCGUAUCCUGGAGCGCAGUUGAUACGUAUGUCAUUGGACGAUUAAGUUCGACAAGUUUUCGGAUUCAGAGUAUGCGGUUUCUUUGAUAAUCCUCUGGGUCCCGACUUUGUACAUUGAUGUGCGUGUACGAAUAGCUUGCCCGUCGCCAACGAGAUUAGGACUAUAAAUUCUUUCUAACAGUUACCACCUAGAUGCAGCUGCUCGGGACUGAUGAUCCUACUAAUCUGAGUUAUUGGUUGAAUUGGAGAGUGGUUGUCUGUGCAAUAUGGGUGUUGCCACCUAUGAUUAUUUCAGCAUUUCUAAUCUGGAAAUAUGAACAUUCAGACAAUUUAGACUCUGAUGGAGAGAGGACACAACAAGAGCACUCACAUAUUUUGCACCAUGAUGAAUCUUGGAGACCUUGUUUAAAAGGAAUUCACCCCAUCUUUUUGAUGUUCUUUAGGAUGGUUGCUUUCUGUCUGCUUCUGAUAGCUCUGAGUUUUGAUCUUGCUGUCCACGGAGUUGAAUUAUUUUACUACUAUACUCAGUGGACUUUUACUUUAGUCACCAUCUAUUUUGGGCUUGGGUCGUUGCUUUCUAUACAUGGGUGUUACCACCAUCUCAAAAUAAAUAGCAGCACGAAGUGCCAUUUACCAGAGGAGCUGGAGCAAGGUUUAUACACGCCUCUAGCACGUGGAGCGAAUGGUGAUCGAGUGAAAUUAUUAGAAAGGUUGAACCACCAUGGGAAAUUUGGCGCUUUACUAACUUCAGGCUUUUGGGGUCAUGUGUUUCAAAUUUUAUUCCAGAUGACAGCAGGGGCAGUAACUCUCACUGAUUUUGUUUACUGGUCCGUGAUAUUCCCAUUUCUGACUCUCAGAGAUUAUGAAAUGAAUUUUUUGACGAUUACUACGCAUUCGCUGAAUGCCAUCUUGCUGCUUGGAGAUACAGCUUUGAAUAGUCUGCAAUUCCCAUGGUUCCGGAUUUCUUACUUCAUUAUAUGGACGGGUUCUUAUGUCAUCUUCCAGUGGAUUGUUCACGCGUCUGUGGCAAUUUGGUGGCCAUAUCCUUUUCUUGACUUGUCAAUGCCUAAUGCUCCACUAUGGUAUUUGGUGGUGGCAGUACUGCAUGUCCCGUGUUACGCUAUCUUUCUACUGGUUGUGAAAGUAAAACAUUUGUUAUUAUCCAGAUGGUUCCCUCAAUCCUAUCAGUGUUAUUCAUAAGAUUUGGGAGACCAAAAUAGUAUUUCCUGUUGGCACACAAGUUUCACAACUAAUCAAUUUUCCCUUGAGGGCGGUUUACAAGAAAUGAGCAUUUCGAUUCCUGAAGGUAUGGAGGAAAGACUGGGAACGGUAUUAUUGCAAACAACUGCAGAAGAUAGGGUGACUUAUACUUCUCUGCAGUGUGUUUAAUCCAGAGAAGAUGAACUGUCUUUGUGUUGUUAAAAUUCAUCUUUAUUUACUUCAUUCCCACACAAACAAAAGAGAGAAGAAUCACCCAACAAUAACCUGAUUCUUGUCGUUGUUUCUAUUCAUUCAAAAACUUGUACAGAUAAUGCUUUGGCAUGUAGAUGAAUGAAUGGUUGGGGAAGAUAGAACACCCGUGUGAUGAA